ACCAUCUAUUGACUGUAUGUAAUAAAAAAGAGUUAUCUCCUAAAAAGUCAAUGUUUCGAUUACGCCUUAAGCAGUCAUGUGUGUUAUCCUUGACAGACGGAAUGUUUAUGUCUUAUCCUGUCAAGUGUGAAAGUAUAUACCUGCGUACACUUGACAAACAACUUAACCAUAUCUGAUCGUAUUUGGAUCUAUAUUUUUGUUCGCUUUCGUAACUAGGUGUGGUUAAUACAGGACGACAAUAAUGUCCGGACUAAGGAAAGCAAAGAAAUAUGACUGGAAAGAUUCUAACAUGGCCUUAUUUGGGUCAGAUACAGAAAAGAAUGUCAAAAAGGAAUCCGCUUUAACUGAACCAGCCUGGAAAAAUGCGGGUAAAGAAGUUGGACUUCAGAUCUGGAGGAUAGUUAAAUUUAAAGUCACCAACUGGGCUAAGGAUGAAUACGGUAGCUUUUAUAAUGGAGACUCGUAUAUCAUACUUAAUACUUAUAAAAACAAAGAUUCAGAUAAACUCUUACAUGAUGUCCAUUUUUGGAUUGGGAAAUACAGUACUCAGGAUGAAUAUGGAACUGCAGCGUAUAAAACCGUAGAAUUAGAUACCUUACUAGAUGGUGUACCCAUCCAACACCGAGAAGUUCAAAGUAAUGAAUCAUCCAUGUUUAAAGGCUACUUUCCAUCAAUAACUCUGAUGGAAGGUGGAGCAGAAACUGGAUUCAGAAGCGCACAAAAACAAGCAGAAAUCAAACGCCUACUUCAUUUCCGUGGUGAUAAAAAAGGAGUUGUAGUUAAAGAGAUUUUGCGGAAAAGAAGCAAAUUGGAUUCCAAUGAUGUGUAUAUAUUGGACCUUGGCUUGCAAAUAUAUCAGUGGAAUGGUGAGAAUUGUAACAAAGAUGAAAAAUUCAAGGCAAUGCAAUAUCUCCAAGAUCUGAAAAGCAAACGUAGUGGAAAGGCUUCAGUGGAAACACUAGAUGAAGUGGAUACACCUGAUACACACAAAUUUUACAGCUAUCUUGAUCAGGAUGACGAGGAGGACGAUGAUGAUGAAACAUAUGAGGCACAAAAAUUUAGAAAAACGUUACAUAGAUUGUCAAACGAGUCUGGUGAUUUACAAUUUUCAUUAGUUAGUGAUGGUACUGUUACAAGAAAUGAUUUCAAAUCUCAGGAUGUCUUCAUCUUUGAUACACAAGGAGAGGUUUUUGUAUGGAUAGGUAGAAGAACCAGUGAAGAUGAACGUAAGAAUGGAAUGGCAUACGCUCAUAAAUAUCUAAUGGGAACAGAUCAUCCAACUAUACCAAUAACAGUUCUAAACGAAGGACAAGAAUCUACGGUCUUCAAUUCUGCAUUGGGAAAUUAGGAAUUUAUAUACUAAAUAACUUUAAAAAUUUGCUUUCAAUAUAUUAUAUUUUAAUAUACAUUUGCUGAGUCAUUUGACCAUUUAUACUUCACAAAUAUAGACUUACAAACAU